AUGGGGGCUUCUCAAAGGUGCGGGUCAUCCAUCAAGCCUCCUUCCUGUUCUCUCUUCUUCGUGGGAACAUUGUGGUUCCUGCUGAUGAUUAUGACUGCGUGUGCGUGUCCUAAGAGCUGUCACUGCACAGACAGGAACGGCGUGGUGGUUCAGUGCACCUCACGCAACUUGGAGAACAUCCCGCUGAACUUUCCAAAAGACACCGUGGUUCUCCUGCUCUCGUCCAACCGGAUCAGACACAUCCCCAAUGGGGCCUUCACAGACCUCCACCGCCUUAGGGAACUGGACCUAUCUCACAACGCCAUAGAGAGCAUGGAGGUCGGCGCCUUUCAAGGGAUUUCAGAGGGCUUGCGGACCUUGGAUCUUUCCAACAACCACCUGAGCAGCCUUCCUAAGGACACCUUCACCAAGCUCCACGCACGCAUCCGCCUGUCCCACAACCCCUGGCACUGCGAGUGCUCCCUGCAGGAGGUGCUGAGGGAGCUGAGGCUGGACCCUGAGACGGUGAACGAGGUGGGCUGCUACACUUCAGUGCAGGAGGAGUACGUGGGGCAACCGGUGAUCCAGGUCCUGGACUCUGGGAUCAAUUUUUGCAACUUCCACCAGAAAACGACAGACGUGGCUAUGUUCGUGGCUAUGUUCUGCUGGUUCUCCAUGGUGACAGCUUACAUCAUUUACUACAUCAGGCACAAUCAGGAGGACGCAAGGAGGCACAUGGAGUAUCUCAAGUCCCUGCCCAGCACCUCUCACAUCAGCAAGGACUACGACACGGCUAGCAGUGUUUGA